AUGACCGACAAAGCAGUCAAGGAGAGCGGUCCUGAGGGUUUUCGCGUGCUCACCAAUUUCACGCCAGACGAGUUUGAAUCGGUCUGGUCUAUCGUCGAGUCAACGUUGACUUGUCGACAGAAUGAUGGGCGCGAGCUCGUUCUCAAGCACUACCAAACAUGGGAUAAGCAUGCCCUCGAUUUCGGUAUGAAGGCACCGACGUUGGAGAAGAUGGUCAUGCGGGUUAUCUACACUGUCCAGCCUAUUCUGUGUGACCACUUUGUGACGAUGCCGACAAUGACGGACCUGCGUGGGAAGGACGCCGUGUUCCGUAACUACCCCUACACCAACCUGCCAAUCGUCCAACGGGUCGCCUCGGAGAAGGAAAAGCUCUAUUUCAGCGGUAAGCACAAAUUCUACGGGGUUAAGAUCGAGGCGUCAGUCUCACCCGAAGGGUUCCUUGUGGACAUGAGCGCACACGAACCUGGCUCUGUGUCUGACAUCACCAUGUUUGGCGACCGCCAUGACGUGCAUCUGUCGGCCCUACGCAAGUUGGAGAAUGAGACAAAAAUCAACGACAACGGCGGGCUCUUUCAAGACAUUCCUGACUCGCGGGCGGUACUCGUGGACAAGGGAUACGUUGGGUUGACAGGGUCGACGCGAGCCAUUCACCCCAAGAAGAGACCAGUGAACGGUGUUCUUGAUCGGGCCGACCUCGAGCGCAACACCAACGUAUCGUCGGACCGGGUCAUUGUCGAGAACUUCUUCGGCCGUGUGUGUCUCCUGUGGAAAGUCUCGUAUUCAACCUUUGUGUGGGGGACCAAGUGCUACGAUGUAAUCCAACGUCUCACCUUUGCGCUGACAAACUUCCACUUGGCCCUGAUGCCACUCCGCCUUUGA